CCAGUAGUCGCACUCCCUGGUUUCUGUUACUCCAUUUAUGACUCGCGCAUCAUUUCCGUGCUCCUAACCUCAAAUUGUUGAGCAGCAUUUCGAAUUCGAGCAUUUGAAAUUUGAAAGUUAAACAGAAAUAAAGGUGAACAUUAGAGACAGUCUCUGGUAAAUUGUAGCAAUUAUAAUCGUGUGAAGUAAAUAUAUUUGUGCAAAAUGGUGAAUUAUUGCAGCGUGUAUAAUUGCAAAAACAGUAGUUUAAAGAAUCCUAAACUUAGUUUUUUUCUCAUACCAGGAGACACUUUCAGGCAAAUGAUUUGGCUUCCAAAAAUGGGAAGGCAAGAAUGGAUUCUGAAAAGACCAGAACUUCUCCACAAAAAAAGAAUAUGUAGUGAGCAUUUUUCUAAAGAAAUGCUAUCUGGAAGUAGAUUAAAAAAGGAUUCUUUUCCAGAUUUAUUCAAAGAAGGCAUUGGUGAGAAAGGGGUGAAUGUAAAUGCUUCAACUUCUGCUUCAACAUCUUCAAUGGAUAUUGAAAAUAAUGAGACCGUAGAUGAAUGCCGUGAGAUUUCUAUAAACCCCAACAUAUAUACUACACCAGAAAAGAAACCAGAAGAAACACAAACAUCUCCUAGUUUGUCUUCAGCCACUCCGAGGAAAAGAAAGUUACAAUCAGUGGUGAAGAAUUUGAAACGAAAAUUAGUUGCAACUCCAGAGAAGAAAUCUGUAGAUAUAAGUGAUGAAGAUUUCAUCCGAUUUUGUAGAAAAAAUUUCAAUUCGACCCUGGCAGAUUUUAUGAUCUCCCAAUUGAAGCUUCGAAAAAGGAAACCUCAUGGCUAUAGGUAUUCAGUCGCUUUUAAACAAUUUGCACUAACAAUAUACUUUUUGGGACCCAAAGUGUACCAAUUUCUACAAAAAACAUUUUUUUUGCCACACAAGGCAACACUUUGUAGAAUAACCACAAAUUGGGAUUUCUCUGUUGGCUUAAAUGAGCACAUAUUUCAGGCCAUUUCAUUAAAGACAAGGAAUAUGGACGAUGCAGCAAAGGAUUGCAUUGUGUGUGUUGACGAGAUGUCAAUAAAAACCCAUUUAUUUUACAAUAUCUCAUUGGAUCAAAUUAUUGGAUUUCACCAAUCCUUGUGAGAAAUUUCCUUGGAAUUACUUAUUAAGUUUGUAUGUUAGAUUAAGAAUUUUUUACACACUUAAAUUUUGCAAUAGAAACUUCAUUGCACAAAAAACAAACAAAAAAGAAAAAAAAUUAUAAAAAUUUUACAUUUAUAGAUAUAUUAUUUGUUUCUCGUGUUUUUUGUAUUAUAUGUAUGUAUUAAUAAAAUUUUAUUCAUUAUUUUGAACUUUUCAUUCUGCAUUUUCAUUUCAUCAGUCUAGAAUAUGUUGACUUCAUAUUGUAAGUAGACGAUAACAUUCUAAUUUAUAGGGAACACAGUAUAGUUUUUUCAUGUGUUGUCACAGCAGUUUCAACAAUGAACUAAAUGAACAAGUUAAUUACUUUUCAGAGCAAACCUUCGCACAUUUUCAAAAUAUGCAUUACCUAUUCAGUAGAUGAUCUAAAGGCUCUAUAUUGAAUACAGAUCACAGCAGCUUUGUGACAGAAGGUGGUUGAUUACCAUGGAAAUAAGAAAUCUAGAAAAAUGAAUCCUCUGAAACUAAAGGAAAAAACCUUUCUAGCCGAGAAUUAACAUAAAAUUAUCUGAAAAACACUGAUUCACAACAAUCGCAUUCACUUUAGGACAUAUGCACUAAAAAUGCAUCAGUUUCCCCUGACGAUAAUCAUUUCAAAUAGAAAAUCAUGAAAAAUUUCGAAAUAAUACUUGAGAAGUGAUAAUUAUCAAAUAAUAUUAUUUUUACAUUCGCCUCAAUGCUCAUAAUUCUUCUCGUAAAAUAAUUCCCUUUAAAAUUGCCGCGCAUUUUCUCAUGCGCGCCGAAAUGAUGCGCGUGUUCUCGGAGGAGUAAAUAAUUCAGUUCAUUUGAUCUAGAGUGCAACUACUGGUUGGUGUCUAUACUGU